AUGGCACUCUGGAGCUCUUCCACCACAAUCUCACUCUCCAAAAACCCUAAUUCCUCCACCACCUAUCCCAAACCUUCCCUCUUUUUCCUCUCUCUUGUCUCUCUCAAACUCUCCUCCUUCAAACCCCUCACCUCUCGCGCCCCACCUCACCAACCUCUCUCCAUCCCACGCGCCGCCUCCACCACCCCCUCCACUACCCCCGCCACCUCCUUCCACGGCCACUGCUAUGUCGUCGGCGACAACAUUGACACCGACCAAAUCAUCCCCGCCGAGUAUCUCACCCUUGUUCCUUCGAAUCCCAACGAAUACGAAAAACUCGGAUCUUAUGCUUUAGUCGGACUUCCGGCCACUUAUAAAACCCGAUUCAUCGAACCGAAUCAAACGAAAACGAAAUACGCGAUCGUGAUAGGAGGUGAUAAUUUUGGGUGCGGGUCUUCGCGUGAACACGCGCCUGUUGCGCUCGGAGCAGCGGGGGUAGUGGCGGUUGUCGCGGAUUCUUAUGCGAGGAUAUUCUUUAGGAAUUCAGUUGCGACGGGAGAGAUUUAUCCGCUCGAAUCUGAAGUUAGGAUUUGUGAAGAGUGUAAGACUGGUGAUUUGGUUUCGAUUGAACUUGCGGAAAGCAAGUUGAUUAAUCAUACAAGUGGGAAGGAGUACAAACUGAAGCCUAUUGGUGAUGCCGGCCCUGUUAUUGAAGCUGGUGGCAUUUUCGCUUACGCGAGGAAGACAGGAAUGAUUCCUUCGAGAACAGCAUGA